AUGGCGUCAGAGACAUCGGCGGUGUGCGUGGCGGUGCGUGUGCGGCCGCUGAAUGCACGUGAGUCGCCCCUUGAAUGUACGGUGACGGUCCUCAACGAUCACACCAUCACUCUGACAGAUGUUAACAAUGCCACGAUGGGCGCCAGUAGCAGCAAUACCGGCCAGCAGCAUGUCUUUGCAUUCGACAAGAUCUUUUGGAGUGUGCCGCCGCAUGUUUUGCCGCUUUUUCCUUCCGCGGUGGCACUGCCAACCUUCACGCCGCGUUCAUCCAUCGGAGAAACCGCGACUUCAACUAACGUGUCCCGUAGUGCUUCUUUGUUUGGUGCGCCCUCUGCGUGCAGCAGAACCAACAGUUAUAUCGGCAGUCUUUAUGAACCAAUUUCUGCCACGACGUCGCGGGUGCCAUUUAGCGGUUUACCGUGUUUUGCCAACGUGCCAGCCUACGACGACCAGGCCUCCGUGUAUGCCUUCAUUGGCCCGCGCAUGUAUGAGUCGGUUAUGACAGGUUACAACUCAUGCCUCUUUGCCUACGGACAGACGGGAAGUGGCAAGACACACAGUCUGCUGGGGCCACCUGAAUAUGUCUCCCUGCGUUCGGAAGAGCGCGGAAUUAUGCCGCGCCUCUGUGAAGACCUCUUUGAGUUGAUGCGAAAAGAACGUGAGGAGGACGAGUCCAUCUCGUAUAAUGUGGAGUGUAGUUUUUUAGAGAUUUACUGUGAACGGGUCCACGACUUGCUGUUCCAUGGCGGUGGCGGGGGGCGGGACACGGCAGCCGCAGCAGGAGGGGCCGGUGCCGCCCCGUUGCAGUCGCCAUCCGCUUCAUCGCAAUCGUCUUUGCGGAUCCGGCAGCACCCGUCACGUGGGCCGUACGUGGAGGGUCUCUCGCUUGUGAAGGUUCGGGAUGCGGAGGGUGUCAUGAAACAACUGAUGAGCGGUCUGCGUGAACGCGCGACGGCGGAGACGAGAAUGAAUGAAUACAGUAGUCGCAGCCAUGCGAUAUUGCAACUGCACAUCACGCGCGUGGCAGUCGUAAGAGAGGAGGCGGCGGUGGUGACAAAGACGCGGGUCUGCAAAGUCAACAUGGUUGACCUCGCGGGAAGUGAACGGGUAUCGCAGUCUGGUGUCACAGGUGACCGCUUCGAGGAGGCCCGUAACAUCAACUUGUCUCUCACCACACUCGGACGUGUUAUUCUGCAGCUGUCGGAAAAACAAUCUGGUAAACAUGUCAUUCCCGCAUACCGCGAUAGUGUCCUCACCUGGCUGCUAUCCGAUAGUUUGGGUGGAAACAGCAAAACGAUCAUGCUUGCCACCAUUGCGCCCAGUGCGUACUGUUACCAACAGACAAUUAACACACUUCGGUUUGCGGGGGUGACAAAGAAGGUGAUCAACGUUGCCACAGUCAACGAGGACCACCACUUUCAAAAACUUAUUGCGGCCAUGCGGCAGCAAAUUGUGAAGUUGACACUGCAGUUAGAGAAGGGGAAAGCGGCAGAGGUACACCGCGAGGAAAUUCAGGCGUUCCGUCGUGAAAGGGAUGAACUUGAGGCACAGAUAGAUUCUAUGCGGGCAACAAUGUCGACGAUGGUGCCAGCAACGGAGGUGGCAACACUUCAGCGACGCAUUACGGAUCUUGAGGAGGACAAUGCGCAGCUUCAAAAGGAGAAGAAUCAGGUUCAACGACAACUUGUCUCCACCACAACGGCGCUUCGUGAAGAAUUGGCCCAAAAACGAGGGGAAAUUAUGAAACUACAUGAAGCACUUCUGCGUAAAGAUGGCGAGCUGCAAGAAUCGCUCCGGCGUUACCGUGAGGAGACGGUGAGGCGUGAGACGUCUUCACAACAAAUAGAGCAGCAACAGCAUGUGGCGAGUAGUUC